GCACGAUCAGAGUUUGACAGAUACUGUGGCGCCUGUGAAACUGGCGCGUACUAGAUUUGAAAAGAAAGCUGGCCGUCGUAAAAUCGUAUCCACGUGGGCAGCAGCAGCUGAAGCUGGAGCUGAAGAAGCUGAGGAGGGGUGGAAGAGCAAUUGCAAAGCCUCGAACAGGGACCAUGGCGUUCGUCGUGCCUCUCAACAAGCACGACCGAAAGUGUUUUAUGAGGCUGGCUAUCAAUAGUUCGUACCUUCAGAACACACUCGGUAACUUGCAUCGAUUUCGUCAUUAUGCAGAUGCCCAAUUGCUGACAUUAUUGUUCCUGUCCUUGCAGAGGCACUUGGCGAGCACCCAGACGGUUAGUCGAGAUUAUCCACGGCAACGCCGAAACGACAAGUUGCCGAUGCCAGCGGCUGGCAACGUACCACACCACCGGUCUGCAAUGAGUGCUGCCAAAUCCAAAUCAAACAAGGCAAAAGUCAGUGGUGCCGAGCAGAGGGCUGAUAGCCUCCCAAGAGUCAGGCUUUGUUCAAAGACGCUGCCUUUGGCUCUUUCGACGAAUCGAUAUUCGUGGGGUCACGGCUGUCGCGUACUUGAAGUGUGGUAUAGCCACGGCAGGCGUUACGAAGUGGGCGCUGGCCUGGCCCUACACAACGGCUCUCAAAUGCAACGUGUUGAUCUAGGUCGAGACCAUGGGGAUGAGACACCAACGUGGAAGGACAGCACCGUAGACGUGGAGAAGGCUCGACGUUGUUAUUUCGUUGUGGAGGCCGCGUACAGGCAUCACACAUGGCUGCUCAUCGUGAAGCGAGACCGCAGCCACGCGCACAUGGUGAGACAUGGAUGGAUUCGGUUCAUGGGAGUGGCGACUACGCCGACAGAGCUUGCGGGGUAUGUGCAAAAGCAAAGACAACCAUGUAAACACGAGCGAUACUCGAGGACAUAUGACGAUGGACAUUGUCUGAGUACAGUUUGAAUGUCUCAGCGGCAGAAGGUUGAAGGAGGACGGUCAAUCUGCUAGUCUGUGCAGAUGGUAUGUAACUCCAAUGACUCGAAACAAACUCUGCAUCUGCAGGACGGAGCGGCAUGCCUACGAUCGGGGAUCGUGAAUCUUCUGCAGGCCCGUGGGGAUAGCCAAACUCCAAGUGAGGAUCAGUCUGGAGAUAGCGGGCGAUUCUGACUCCUCAUGUGCUACUCCGAGUACUCGCAUGUGCAUUUGCGCGGAGGCGCAACAAAGCAAGGCCAAGUAAGAGUCACUCUCUCCACAGCUUUCUAGGCGAGUGUUUCUCUUCGGUCUAGGCUGUCACUGUGCCAUACUACAGCCAAUGCGCAUGAUAGAGACAAAGUCAGCACAC